AAAGACCUUCUGUAAGUAGUCAGUUCACGAUAUUAUCUUCUGAAUGUGAUGUUGAAAAGAAACAUGAAAGUUUUGUCAAUAUCGUAGAAAUAUCGGAUGGAGCCGAGCAUGUUUUCAUGAGUCCUGAUAACAAUCAAAUUGUUAAGCAAUACAGAAUCUCAUGA